AUGGCGGCGGCAGAGCAGCCUUCGGGCUUGAUGGAUAUCGCGAGUACUCUCACUCAGGAUGAGAUUCCAUUCAAGCUACGCUGCGCGAUUUGCAACAAGUUAGCGGUUAAUGCGUUCCGGCUGCCUUGCUGUGAGCAAGCCAUUUGUGAAACUUGCCAAUCAUCCUUGCCCGAUACCUGCCCCGUUUGCGCACAUACUCCCCUGUCGUCCGAUCUCUGCAAACCGAAUAAAGCUCUCCGGACUACCCUCAAAGCCUUCCUGCGUACCGAAGAGAAGAAGCGCGAAAAGGACCGCCAAUCCGCCACUCCUGCUGCGCCGGCUGAGGCUCCCGUGGAUGGAACUCCGGCGCCUUCGGAGCAACCUGCUGCUACGUCUGCUCCUGAUACACCUGCUGCGGCUCUCCCCGAAGAACAGGCCCCUGCUGAGGAACAACCGGAGGUAGCGCCUGCUGUGGGGGUUCCGCCGGAAGAAUACCCCGCUGCAGAUUCUCAGCCUGUAGAGGCUGGCGAAGAACCUGUACCUGAUGCAAAUACCGAGGUUGCUGAGAAUGCUCAAGCUCAGAAUGAGCAAGAGGAUGAUGCUACCGGCACGCUAGAAAAGGCCGACGCGGCCGACGAAACCGCCGCGGAGGGCGAUGAAGCUGCUGACACGGCGGCGCAAUCUGUUGAAGAAAAUAAUGCACAACCUAGUGGAAUGCAACAAAUGUUCCCCGGCAUGGGAUUUAAUAUGCCUGCCGGAGGAUUUCCCAAUAUGCCAUUCAAUGGCAGUGGCGAUUUCAACCCCAUGCAGUUCAUGUCAAAUGGCAUGUUUAAUCAAAACCCUAUGGGAAUGUCUGGAAUGUCGAUGGACCCGAUGGCCGCGAACCAGGGUAUGUUUGGAGGCUACGGGAUGGGCAUGAACAAUGGCAUGAAUAUGGGAAUGAACUUCGACGCGGGUCAGGGGAUGUAUGCUGGGGGAUGGGACGGCUCUCAAAACAAUAUGUGGAAUGGAGGCCAAGAUAAAUUCAAUCCAAAUGCUUUCGCAAAUGGUAUGGGCUCGCAGUAUGGGCCCUCCUCUGGAUUUGGCGGAUUUAAUAUGUCUCAACCCAACGCAAAUUACUUCCCUAACCAAGACUUCUCGAAUGGGUACUAUGGCCCCGGCUACGGCAGAGGCGGUUUCCGCGGCCGUGGUCGUGGAUUCUUUCCUGGUGGCCGCGGCCGCGGGGGCUUCAUGAAUGCUAAUUAUCUUAACGCCGCGUUUCAGAACCCUAACUCCCCUAGCUUUAAUCAGGCAGUGCCCGCCGAGGUUCAAGAUGGUGAAGUCCCGGCGGACGCCAGUACCGAUGCAGAUAAACCAGAGGGUGAACAAGGCACUAGCGGCCAGCAGGAUCCCGAGGACCCAGCAUCAAAGGAGAUGACUGAUGAAACGAUGGGAGAAAAAGUGCCAGGUGAAGAGGUCCCUGAUGCGUCUGGCAGUUUUGCAGAGGAUGACUCGCAACCACGAGGUAUACCAACAAUUGAUAGCCUGGACCAGACUAAUGCUGCCAUGUCCGGUUUAGUUGGAAUGCCUGGUCCCCAUAUGGGACCCGGAUUUGGUAGAGGGUUCAUGCGUGGACUAUUCCCCGGAGGUCGCGGAGGUGGUUUUCCUGGCGGUCCUUUCGUUCCUGGACCCAUGCCAGGACAGGGUGUUGAAGGUGCUCCGGCCGCACCUAGAGCUAUGAGAGAAGGCCUACCUAAUACUAGUGUGUUGCGUCAACGAUACCAAGGGCGAGCAUCGGUUCCCGCCAGCAGACCUUCUGAAGGUACUCAAAGCGGAACCCCAAUAGAGCCACGAGAAGACGAUGACCGCCGCUCAAGGUCAAGAUCUAGGGCUAGAUCCGCAUCGCGAUCCCGGUCCCCGUCUCGUCACAAAGAUGGCCGUCGUCACCGAUACCGCUCACCAAGCGCCCAUGACAGCGCCGAUGAGUACGAACGGAGACGCGAACGAAAACAACGAUCCCGUCGAGAGGAUAAGUACGAUGAGCAGUCAUUAGCGGAAGACGGCCAUCGCACUCGCUCGCCUUCCCUUGAAUCAUCGCGGAGGUCCCAUCGCCGCGACAGAGACAAGGAACGGCGAAGUGGACGUCGCUCUCAUCGCUCGCAUCAUCAUCGAAGCCGCACCAGGAGUCCUAGUCGCGAUGGCGAUCGUGAUGUUGAUCGUCUCUCUGUCAUUGCGGAGGAGAGAUUGAUUGGUGAAGCUGCCGAGGGUUCUAGUCGCAGCCAUCGCUCCGGGAAGGAUCGUUCCAGCCGUCGAGAGGAAGAGCGGGAACGAGACCGUGAUGCUCGGCGCAGAGACCGCCGGGACCGCGAGCGAGAGCGAGACCGCGAUCGACACCGCGAAAGAGAUCGUGACCGUGAUCGUGAUCGUGAUCGCGAACGCUACAGGGACCGAGAAAAGGGCCGUGACCGCGAGCGUGAACGAGACAGAAAACGCUCCCGCCGCGACCGGACCGCCUCCCCCGACAGCGACUACUCCACCCGCCACCACUCCCGACGCCAAAAACGCACCCACGAAGACGACCGCGACCGCGCCUCUUUAAAACAACCCCCCUCCACCUCAACAACCGCCCCCGAAAAAGACCCCAUAACUCUCGAACGCGAAGCGCGCAACCGCGAACGCCUCAUGAAAGAACAGCAGCGCCGCGAAGCAGCUGAAAAUAAUACUAAUGGUAAUGGCACUAGCCACCGCCACAGCCACCGAGACCGUGACCGUGACCGUGGCCGAGAUCGCGAUAAAGAGCGCGAUCGUGAUCGUGAUUACCACAGAUCUAGUCGUCGACGGGAGAGUCGGCAGGAUCGGUCUUCUGCGUUGGUUGGCGGGAGGAGGUUAAGUUAUAAGUAUGAGGAUGAGGAGAGUGAUAGUGCGAGGGCGACGAGGGUUGAAAAGGAGAGGGAGGGGGAGAGGUGGGCUUGA